GCAACGUUUUCAUGGAAACAGGUUAACAAACAUUGGUGACCGUUUGGUUUUCGGUUUUUCGGAGCAACAGAGAAUAUCGUCAUUUAGAUUAAGAUUUAGACGCGUUUUGCAAAGCCAUGGGAGAAGUUGUAAAAGAUGUUCAGAAGAAUCUCAACGCUUCUAUUUUAAAUACCGACCAACAAGAGAAACUGCGACAGUUUAAGAUUCAAACAAGAAUCAACAACGAAACGUAUUUGAGAGCCCAUCCAGAAGUGGAUGAAAUCAUUGGCGACUUUCUAAGACAUUUGCUGGUUAAAAAGCCGUCUGACAUUCGUGAAUUUGCUGCAGAUCACUUCUCCUCCAUAAGCGAUCCUUCUGACUCUGUAUCAAAAGAAAACAGUGAAACGGAUUGAAAGAUCUGACAACAUCCUCCUUGUACCUCUCUUGAGACAGAGAUCGGAUGUGGAUGGGUUCUAAAUGUACAUCAGUGUUGGUCCAUUAUGCUUGUAUUCGUAUUACUCAUUGUAAUAUUCCUAGAAGUGCCUCAGACGAUUAAACUAAUGCGUGAUUGUGAAAGAGGAGGAAGUCCUGUGAAGGUUACGCAUUGCUCUUUGACCAAUUCAUUUUGACAGUAUUGUUUACAGACUUAAUGUUGUCUCAUGUUCAACUACUUGUCCUUAUUUUAAUGUGAUUUUGUAGCAGUUGAUCUGCUGCCUUUACUUUGCACCUUAACUUAAAACACAAAUAAACUUGGGGGGAAAAAAGUAA